AUGCCCAAUGUCAAAUCCAUGGAUCAAAUCCCAGGACCCAAGGGCUUACCAUUUAUUGGCACCCUAUUGGAAUAUACUAGAAAUGAUGGAUGGGGAUUUAAAAAUUUUUUUGCCAUGACACAAAAAAGACGACGAGAAUAUGGACCAAUCUAUAAGGAGAAUAUCGGUAAUAACCGGUUUGUAGUUGUGUCGACAUCGCAAGAUGUAGAAAUAAUAUUACGUGCAGAAGGGAAAUAUCCAAAUAGAAAUCCAAUUGCACCACUAGCAGAGUAUCGAAAGAAACGUAAUUUAUCAUUGGGAGUCACGCACUCAAAAGAUGAAGAAUGGAAAAAAUUUCGUAGUGCGAUGGACAAGAAAAUGAUGAGACCACAUGAAGUAACAUGCUAUUCCGAUCGAAUCAAUGUUGUCAGCAAUGAUCUCAUCCAACGUCUUAAACGAUGUCGUGGCAACGACGGCAUUAUACCCGAUAUCGAGAAAGAAAUUAAUAAAUAUACAACAGAAUCUAUUGCCACUGUUCUUUUCGAAAAACGUUUGGGAAUGUUCAAAGAGCCAAUCGAACCUAAAACUGAACAGUUCUGUCAAUCUCUUACCAAAGUUUUAGAAGCUACUAAUGAAAUAGUGACUGUCCCUCCCUUCAUUUUCAAGUAUAUUUUUACUAAGCAUUGGAAAGAACUUAUUAAAUGGAGCGAUAUCGCUACCGAAUUCGCUGAUGAGAUCGUUGAAGAGAAAAGAAAACAGAUUGAAAAGAAGAUUGCGAGCAAUGAUAACAUGACUCGAUCAGACGAUAGAGUCGAUUUUCUUACUUAUGUUAUUGCUACGGGUAAAUUAAGUCGAAGUGAAGCCAAUGUAGCCAUGAUGGAAUUACUUUUCGGCGGAGUAGACACGGCAGCAACAACUAUUCUAUGGACUUUAUAUAAUCUGGGUAAAAAUCCACGCGUACAAGACAAAUUACGAAGCGAGGUUCGUAGUAUUAUGAAAGAUAGUAAAGAACCAGAUGCAAAUUUGAUAGAAAAGAUGCCAUAUUUACGUUCGUGUGUGAAAGAAACAUUGAGACUUCAGCCAAUUGCCUUUGCUCUGCCCCGAAUCAUUGGCAAUGACCUUGUACUUAGCGGAUAUAAAGUACCAGCCAAGACUUAUGUUUUGAUCGCAAAUUACGUGAUGGGUAGAGACGAGUCAGUUUUUCCCAAUCCAAGCCAGUACAUGCCGGAAAGAUGGUUAAGAGGCAGCGAUCGCCAAGGAUACAAUAGCGAGAGCCGAUUUCAAUAUUUACCAUUUGGUUUUGGUCCACGAAUGUGUCUUGGAAAACGCGUAGCUGAGAUGGAAAUACAUACUUUGCUAUCAAAGGUUAGCUUGUUUAAACUUAACCUAUUACCUCAAGGAUAG